AUGAGUUGGGUGUCGGAGUGUAUGUUCCUUCGUCUCGCUGAUGCUUCCGUCGAGUGGAAUGCGAUUAGAAAUACGUAAAUACAAAUGGUCGUGCUAACAGAACCGCUAUGGCCUAUCGCAUCUUUUCCUGGAAGACGGCAAGAGAUUGUCAUGUUCAACAGCCUCAGCUCUGCCAAUGACAAUGUCGAAGCUUCCGAUUAUCGACCUAUUUACAGGCUGGCCAUCGUAUACGCUCUUACCAGCAUCAAGGCUACUCGAAGCCUCACAACGCGUCCUUCGCGAUCCCGAUCUUUCCGCGUCCGCACUUCAGUACGGACCUGAUCCUGGCUGCAAGGCCAUUCGUGAAGCAAUCGCCAAAUGGAUAGGAGAUUUCUACUCUACACCUUGGACAGUACCAUCUAGGAUAUGUAUCAGUGGAGGCGCAAGCCAAGGCCUCGCAAGUAUCCUGCAGGUGUUCACGGAUCCAUCUUAUACAAAGAAUAUAUUUAUGAUCGCACCGACGUAUCAUCUUGCAUGCAGGGUUUUUGAGGACCAUGGGUUCGCUGGCAGGCUGAAAGCUGUACCUGAAGACAUAGAAGGAAUAGAUAUCGACUAUCUUGAAAAAUGUCUUUCGAUGGAGGAAGUUACGAACAGUGGCAAAUCGCUAGAGCCGUGGAAGAAAAUCUAUAAAUACGUUAUCUACACUGUUCCCACAUUUUCGAAUCCAUCUGGAAAGACCAUGACUACGCAUCGGAGACGGCAACUUGUUCGUCUGGCUCGGAGACACGAUGCUUUAAUUAUCGCAGACGAUGUAUACGACCAGCUACAAUGGCCUCGCAAGCGGCAGCACCAGGAUGUUUUGCCCCGCCUGGUUGACAUCGAUCAUGAACUAGACGACGGCCCUGGAGGAGCCACUGCCGAUGGAUUCGGAAAUGCUAUCAGUAACGGCAGCUUCAGUAAGAUCCUUGCUCCUGGGUGCCGAACUGGCUGGGUUGAAGGGACAGAAAAAUUCAUUUACGGUCUGUCCAAAUGUGGAUCGGCAGUCAGUGGAGGCGCACCAUCGCAAUUGACCGCCACUGUUAUCGCAGACUUGCUACAUAGAGGAGACCUUACGGAUCAUAUGAAUAAUUACCUCAUUCCAGGGCUUGAGAGGAGAUAUCGGUUGGUAAUGGACGCUAUACACCAGUAUCUUGAACCUCUCGGUGCUCGAGUUAAGGGAAUUCCUCCAUUGAACCAAAGCUCGAAAGCGGCGGGUGAUGGCGGUGGUUAUUUCCUCUGGAUAGAACUACCAUCCCCAUUAACAUCUGCGGAAUUCGCUGUACGAGCGAUGGAUCUUGCAGGUGUAUCAGUGGCACAGGGAUCUUUAUUUGAAGUCUAUGGGGAUGAAAUGAGCAUGAAAUGUGACCGGGAAAUUAGAAUUUGCUUUGCGUGGGAAGACGAGAGUCUAUUGACUGAAGGCAUACAAAGGCUUAGGUAUGUUAUCAGCGAUAUGCUGCGACAACAUUAA